AUGGAAGGGGAAGAGGAGAAACGUCGGCGACAUUUGUGGUCCCAGGAACCUACUGCCGAUGUGGAAGAUGAGAUCUCUAUCCUACGCGAUCGCGAUGCCGAGGAAAUCCUACCCUAUGAUGCCGACGAUUCCCCCUUUCCCGAGGUGCGCGCAGUCGUCCAACCGGUAGAUGACGUUGCCCUCCCUGUGAGCACUGUUCGCAUGUGGACAAUCGGUAUCAUCUUCACCAUUGUGGGAAGCGGGUUAAACCAAUUCUUUAGUUUGCGACAACCCAGUGUCACCAUCAGCGCAUUAGUAGCCCAGUUACUGGCUUUCCCGUUGGGGUGUGCUUGGGCCAAAUGGAUCCCAAUCGGAGUGUUAAACCCCAACCGUCACUUCAAUAUCAAGGAGCAUGGUCUGAUCACCAUAAUGGCCAAUGUUUCCAUUGGAUCUGCCCAGGCGACACAGAUCAUUGAAGCGGUAGUCAAAUUCUACAACAUGCCCUCGAAUGGGGGAUUUGAUGUGCUGCUGUGCAUCACUACCCAAUUAUUCGGGUUUGGCCUGGCGGGCAUGGCAAGUAUUUGGCUCGUCAUACCGGCUUCAAUGUUGUGGCCACAAGUCCUAUCCAAUGCCGCGCUCCUCACUACCCUGCAUUCCAGGGAGAACAUGAUUGCAGAUAAGUGGCGAAUCACUCGAUUGAGGUUCUUCCUCUUCGUUUUCAUUGGCGGGGCUAUCUGGUAUUUUGCACCCGGGUAUCUAUUUACCGGCCUCAGUACCUUUAGUUUCAUCUGCUGGAUUGUGCCAUCCAAUGUGGUGGUCAACCAAUUAUUUGGCCAGACAACGGGGCUGGGAAUGUCUAUCUUGACAUUCGAUUGGGCACAGGUAGUCUAUGCCAACCAGAGUCCCCUCCUGGUCCCUUUUUGGGCCGGGUUGAACGUAAUGGGGUCAUUUGCCUUGUUCUUCUGGUUAAUCUGCCCGAUCCUUUACUAUACUAAUACCUGGUAUUCCGCCUAUAUGCCGCUACUCAACUCAAAUACCUUUGAUAACACUGGGCAAGACUAUCAGCCUUCACGCAUCAUGAAUACAAACGGGACAGUAAAUCAAGCUGCCUACAGGGACUACUCCCCCAUGUUUUUGCCCGCAGGUUACGCAGUCACAUUUGGAGUGGCCUUUGCCAAUUUGACUGGAAUUUUCUUCCAUGUUGGGCUUUACCAUGGCAAAGAUCUGUGGAGGCAGUGGAAGGGCACAAGUAAGCUUGAUGUGCACGGACGGCUGAUGUCCAGUUAUCGUCCCGUUCCCUGGUGGUGGUUUGCUGCAGUCACGGUCCUCAUGUUUGUGCUGAGCAUUGUGACAAAUGAGGUGUGGCAUACUGGCUUGCCGGCCUGGGCUGUUCUGGUGGCAUUUAUGCUACCUUUGUUUUACAUCAUUCCCGUGGGCAUCAUCAAGGCCACGACCAACAUUAGCAGUAAUCAGUUGAACCUGAUCACGGAAUUCAUUGGAGGCUAUGCCUUCCUUGGGAGACCCGUAGCAAAUAUGGUUUUCAAAUUCUAUGGCUACGUUGCCAUACAACAGGGACUCGAGUUUGUCGCGGAUAUGAAGUUGGCAUACUAUCUUCAUAUUGCCCCGCGCACUCUCUUUGUCGCGCAGGGCCUUGCCACUUUAGUUGGAGCCGUUGUUCAAUGUGGCGUGACCGUGUUCAUGAUCACCCGCAUUGAUGGGGUCUGCUCAUCCGAUGCUGAGGGCAACUUUAGUUGUCCUCAUGGUCGAGUGACUUACUCUUCAUCUCUCAUUUGGGGUAAAGCGGCCCUCUUCCCUAUCACUUCCAUAUCUGCAUUGUUCUGGGUUGCUAACUAUUCGCCAGGUGUCAUUGGCCCCGGUCGGUUGUUCUCUCCGGGUCAAACGUACAGCAACCUGCUUUGGUUCUUCCUUGUGGGCCCUGUCGUAGUAAUUAUCACCUACUUGCUGGGUCUUCGCUGGAAAUCAGUCAAUUAUCUUUCCUGGCCGGUGGCAUUUGGAGCGAUGAGUCUAGUUCCUCCAGCUACCGGCGUCAGCUUCUCUUCCUGGUGGCUGAUCAACGCUAUCUUCAACGGUCUUAUAAAACGUCGCAAACCCGCGUGGUGGUCAAAAUAUAAUUACAUCUUGUCUGCCGCGCUGGACUGUGGAGUGGCUGUGUCUACAGUGAUUAUAUUCUUCUGCAUCACUCUACCAGCUGGUUCAUUGAGUUGGUGGGGCAAUACCGUAUACUCUCAUACUGCCGAUGGUGAAGGCACUCCAUACAAGUCUCUUCCUGCCAGAGGCUAUUUCGGCCCACCAAAGGGUUCGUGGAGUUGA